AUGGGUGCUAGUUCAGCAUUAUAUUUGAUGGCCCGGGCGGGAAUUUUGGAUGGCACGGAUUCGGCGUCGACUUUCUUGAAAGCUGCGGAGGGUUCUAAGAAUAAUACACUUGCGGAGGGCAUAAUAGCAAAUUUGGUGUUUGCAGAAAGCAAAUCGGUCCGCACAUCGACUGUUAUUCUAGCAGCCUUUAAUGUACUGGCUUCGUUUGCAACGGCAGCCAGUAUUCUUUACGACUGUUACUGGGCUUCGAAACGAUGCAAUCCGAAGUUUAAAGCUUCGAAAUUCUGCGUUUCGAUGAUUCAUCCAGCAGAAACUUUUCCUUUGGUGCUAUCUAUUGGUAUUAUAAUUCAAGGAAUUAUCUUUGCUGCAGUUCAAGGAGAAGGGCUUCAUUCGUUAUUUACUUCUGGAUGCAGUAUCAUCGCUCAAUUUAUGUGGAUUGCUCUUUUCAUUGUCCCAUACAUUCAACUUGUCUUCGGUCUCGAAUGUGCCAUACGAUCCUUGAAGAAGACAUCAUUUCAGCCUAGAGGAAAAUACGAUGUGACAAUCUGCUUGGUAACAAUUGUGUUUAUGUUGGUUGGCACUUGGAUUCCAACACAUCUCUUUCCUCAAAAAGAUAGAUGCUUUGCUUCAUUAGUAUGGUUCGUGUCGAAAUUUGGAGAGUUCGGACUCAUUUUGUUUUCCUCCAUUGCCGGUCUCCUCAUCAUCAGUGCAAUCACCAUCUUUGUCAGGUUGUCCAAGACGACAUUGGUAGAGCAAAAUCAAAGAAUUGCAGCAUCUCCAUUGGCUAAUGGUUAUAAGGGUUUUGUGAUUCCGUACUUUGCUUCUCAAACAAUCGGACAUGGUGACAUCAAGGUAGCCAUGAUGGCAACUGUAGUCCUAAAUUUGUCCGGUUUGAUGAACGGUUUGCUCCAAUUAUUCUUACGAUCAAAUACUGCAACAACAUCAUUUGGACCAAGAAGCCGGUCCUGGCCUAGUAAUAAGCAUGAGAUCAGAAUAUGGGGGCCCAAUGAAUUAGCAUUUAAUAAUCACAUUAUGGAUCCUGUGCCACCGCCAGUGUCUCCAAGAUCGGGAUUGGUGAGUCGGGCAGGUAGCCAAAGAAGUUUGAUCUCUUCAUCGGACAAAAGCGACGCCGUUAGCAUGGCUGAGCUGCCUGUCCUACCAUCACCUACGUAUUCGCCGACGAAGCCAAAUCCUCUACGCUCUAAUGCCAUUAACCCAAUAUCAUCGGCACCAGUCCCCCCUACUCCUACGGAACACACCCCAUUCGAACAAACAAAGAAACAAUCAUACUCUCUUUUCCCCGCACCCGCUCUCGAGAGUCCCAGCACAUUGUUACCUCCUCCAAUGAGCAGAUCCGCUUUCGAAUCAGUAUAUGAUAUCAGCGAUUUGUCAGAUCUCGCACCGCCACCGCACAAUCAAAUAGGUCGCAGGAGAAGUUCUUCUGUAGCUUCAUCAGCGACAGUACAAAUCGGCAUCCGCUUCUCGCACGCACCGCCUCCUCCACCUGUUCCUGACGUUCCUCUCUUUGCCCUCCCUUCAACAACCUACAAAGCAACUCAACUUCCCGCCACGACUUUCCAAGCUCUUGCUCUCCCAUCAACAACUUAUGCACCUACAUCAAAGUUUAACCCCGCUCCGAAUACCACGCCUGCUCUGCCUAGACUUCCUCUACCUCCACUACAAACAACAAAUCUCACCCAAAGCCCUUUUCAAAUCCCACCACGCUCACCGUUCCGACCUUCUCCUCUUGCCAAUGUAGACACCACGACUCAACGUCAACAAUCUCCUACCCGAUCGGCUUCCCCACGCUCUACCUCGCCACAAAAGUCUCCUUUUAUCAACAAAAUCCUCCCAGCAACACCCAAACUUGUGACUCCGAAACAGCCAGCCAUCGAACGCUUAGAGCAAUCUGAUGUAAUCAUUCAGUUGAGUCCCACCGUUUACACACCACCUGAAGGUUCCCUGCAGAGAAAUGGCUCAGGGAGGACCAUCCCCACCAGAUCAGACUCGAAUCGUCGAAACUCAAAGCUCGGACAGACGACCAAAGAUCAAUGGAUAUGA